AAUGAAAGAUGAUCAAGUUUUAGAACGAAGUCCUUAAGAUACAUUAAGAAUUCCACCACGAUUAUCGAUGAUGGAGAAAAAAUGUAGUGGUCGUUUUACAUUUGUGAAGACGUAAGCUGAAGAACAAAAAGAAGUAAUUCAAAACAAUAUGAAUCGAAUAAAAUAACAAUUCAGAUGUAAAUGGUUGUAUAAAGCAUAGGUUAACUGAAUCAUAUAAUAAAUAAACCUAUUCAAUCUCUAUAAAUAAGAGAAGAACAAUUAUUUGAAUUAGGUAAAAAAUUGGAUAUUGAAAUAACUCCAAGCGAUGUUGAAAACAUUGUACCAAACACAAAAGAGUUUUUUGAAGAGUAUGAGAUGCAUGAAAGAUUAGGUGAAGGUUGUUUAGGUUUAGUAAAGAAAGUUGUUUAGAAAAGAACAGGACAAGAAUUUGCAGUAAAAAUUGUGGCUACCUAAGAUGAUGAGAUAAUUAGAAAUGUAAUUGAUUUAUGAAAAUGUUUAGAUGAUUAAUGAAUUUAAGAGACUAAUAAAAUUAUCGCAUGGCAAUAUAGUUAAAGCAUAUAAAAUGUAUUUAGAUUUCGAUAAUGGAUUCUAAUCUGAAAGUUAGGCUUAUGUGAUUAUGGAGCUUAUAAAGGGUAAAGAGAUGUUCGAAGUAAUAAAUGAGACUGGACAUUAUAGUGAACAUGAUGCAAAGGAAUUAUUCAAAUAAUUACUUAGUGCUAUUGAAUAUAUGCAUAGAAAUGGCAUUUGUCAUAGAGAUUUAAAACCUAAUAAUAUUUUAUGUGUUUCAGGUAUGUGUUAGUAGAAUUUAUGAAAUAGAUAAAAAACUGAUAAAAGUCACUGAUUUCAAUGUGAGUAAAUUUAGUGAUUCUUACAAAGAGUUUGGUAAUCUUUAGGAUACUGAAAAGAUAGAAAUGUGGACCUAUACAGGAACAGUAGCAUUUUCGGCACCAGAAAUAUUUACUGGUGAAGGAUAUAAGUAAUAAAUUUAAUUUAAUUAGUUAAAUGGUUGAUAUGUGGAGUGCAGGUUGUAUUUUAUAUUCAAUGUUAUCAGGAUAAUUGCCAUUCAAUGCAGAUUAGUAAAUAUUAUAAUUUAAUAUUAUAAGUUUAAAUGAUUUAAUUGAAUCAAUAAAGGAAGCCAAAUAUGAAUUUCCUGAAGAAACUUUCUAAGAAGUAUCUAGUCAAGCUAAAGAUUUAAUUCAAUAAUUAUUACAAAAAGAUCCAGCUCUUAGACCACAUCCAGAUGAAGCACUUAAUCAUCCAUGGUUUGCAGAAAUAAUUGUAAGAAAAAGUUUAAGACAUCUUACUAUUAAUAAAAAUAUUUCUCAUCUCUCUUCUAGAAACUCUAAUAAAUUAAAAUAAAGAACUAUCCUUUUAAAUAGGGGACUUUAAGCAGGCUCUAGUGAUGGUGAUGAGGGAUAUAAUAUUUAAGACAUGAAAAUUAAAGGCAUUGCUAGAAAAAGUCUUUUUAAUACUGCUAUUGCCCCAUUAGAGCUAUAAUCAGAUAAUAAAUACCUAAAAGUAUAAAAUGGAAUGCUUCGCAAAUCAAAUACCACUCAUAUUAAUGAUUUUUUAUAAAAUGAUGAAUAGUGA